CGUCGUCGUCAGGCGCUUUCGGACCCGCAGGCGGAGCCGCUUGGUUUCACGUGAGGUCCGUGCGGACUGGGGCCCUGCUGCCCCACCUCGUCUCCGGCCGGGAGCAGCGGGCGCUCGGCGCUGGGGCCUGGCGGGGAGCAGGACCCCGGGUUCCCUAGAGGACGCGGAGGCCCAGGGCAUUCCCUGUGCCGAGGAAGAGCGGAGGUGGAAGGAGAAAGAAAUGUCAAGAAGAGAACUGCUUAAAGGGAAACUAAACCGAGCCAGAGUUUCCUUGCUGUGACAGCACAUUGGGUGCAGUGGGCCAAAAUUUUAAUCUCCGGACUGCAGCCUGCGACCCCUAGACGAUUUGAAGAGCAGAGCAGAUACCAAAGAGAAGACCAUUAGAAUAUACUUUUGAGUGAGCAGUUCCAUCACUGUCAUCAUGGAAAGGCUCAGAGGGGAUGUGUUCAAAGAGUAUUUAUUUGAAGAAACCUGUGAAUAUGAGGCCAAGGUAGAAAAGCAAAAGGAGCACUCUAUAGACAAAAUUUCAAAAAAAUCUGUUGCCCAAACCACUGGUUUUCAGCAAAUAAUAGUUGGCCAUGAAGAAAUAUCUUGUGAGGAAAAUGGGCAUACUUUUAAUGAGUUUGAGAGAGGUUUUGAUCUAAGAUCUAAACUUAUCCCACGGAAUGUUACUCAUUCAGAAAAGAAACUGCAUAUAUUUGAUCCAUUUGGGGAAAGUGUCAAAUGGAACUUAUCUCCAAUUAAAAGUCAAAGAGCUUCUAAAAAGAAAACUUAUAAUUGUAGUGACUGUGGAAAAAAUUUCAGUGACCGUUCAAACUUUUUUCGUCAUGAGAGAAUUCAUACUGGUGAGAAACCUUAUAAGUGUGAUGACUGUGGAAAAGCAUUUAUCCAAAGUUCAUCUCUUACUGAACAUCAGAGAACUCAUACUGGAGAAAAACCCUAUAAAUGUAAAGUUUGUGGAAAAGCAUUCACUGUAAAUUCAUCACUUGUUCAACAUCUGAGAAUUCAUACUGGGGAGAAACCUUAUAAAUGUAAUGAAUGUGGGAAAGCCUUCAGUGACUACUCAUCCUUUAUUCAACAUCAAAGAAUUCCCAGUGGAGAGAAACCCUAUGAAUGUAUUAACUGUUGGAAGUCUUUCACUGAUAUCUCAACUCUUACACAACAUCAGAGAAUUCACACUGGAGUGAAACCCUAUAAGUGUAAUGAUUGUGGGAAGGCAUUUAGACGAAGUACACACCUUACCCAACACCAGAGGACUCAUACUGGGGAAAAGCCUUAUAACUGUAAUGAAUGUGGAAAAGCAUUCAGUGCCUACUCAACCUUUACACAACACCAAAGGAUUCACACUGGAGAAAAACCCUAUACAUGCAGUGAAUGUGGGAAGGGCUUCCCUGAAAACUCAUCCCUUACUAAACAUCAUUGAAUUCAUACUGGAGAGAAACCUUAUGAAUGUUGUGAAUGUGGUAAAGCUUAUAGCCAGAGCACUCAUCUUAUUCAACAUCAGAGACGUCAUACUGGAGAGAAACACUUUAAAUGUGAUAAAUGUGGAAAAGCAUUUGGUAACAGUUCAAUCCUGAUCAGACAUCAGCAGCUUCACACUUUAGAGUCAUCCUAACGAUACUACAGUUUUGUGGACUACUUCAUCCUUUCAUGAGCCACUCUUACUUUUUGGUCAUAUGUCUCUUACCCAUGCCACCCACUCUUGCUUACAAUUAGAAUUUCUAGGAAUGUUGUAUUCCUGGGAUAAAGUAAAACAUUACAUAAUAUUUUAAAUUUAAGUUUCCCAUGCUGACGCUGUUUUGUUAGGUGCAUAGAGAUUUAGAUUGUUAUGUGUUCUUGGAGAAUUGGCCCUUUUUUCAUACUUUAAUGCCCCUUCUUAUCCCGUAGUAUCCUCCCUGUUCUGAAGUCUGCUCUGUCUGAAAUUAAUAAAAGUUACGUCAGCUUACUAUUGAUUAGUGUUAGCAUGACAUAUCUUUCUCCAUCUCUUUACUUUUAACAUAAUGUUUGUUACUGUUUUCUAUUCUUUGUGUUUUUGUUUCCUUUCUUCCAUCUUUUUCUGCCUUCUCCCUCCACAAUUUUCAUCAAAAGUAGGCUAUGACAUCCCAAAGCACUAGGACCAUCGGAUGCUGCAUGCAGUGGGGUGUGGGGGUCAGAAGUCACCUGAAGUGGUUCUGCAGGCUCGCCAGUUGUGAGCGUGGGCUCCAGGGAACUGAGAGGUUGAGGUCUGCACUUCCCAGCUGGCCAGCAGGCGGCACCAAGCCCACCUCUCUGAUACUUGAGGUGCAUGUGUGUUCCACUGGUGGACUUGGCUCAUGAAGGAACUUGGCUACUUGUGCCACUGAUAGAAGCUCGGUCUCUUCAGGAUCCACCAUGGUUUCAGCUUUGGGACAACACUUGGCUGAGUCCAUGCAGACAGAUCUGAACCCAGUGUCUUCAGGAACCACCAGGAGGCACCACCUUGGGAGUAAAAGGUUUCAGGAAAAUCGCUUUGCCUGGCUGGGGAAAGAAGAGGACCCCCAAAUCAUCCGAAGUCCUUGGGUCCUUGUAGCUGGUUGUAUGGAGAACUGGACACAUGCCAAAUGAGUAUUUGGCCUCCCUGCUCGAUCACCUGUAACUAAGCAUGGACAAGCCCUCUUUGAACAGUCUCCUGGAAUGCUGGAGAGGCUCUCUGGUCACAGGGUCUGGAGACAGAAGAAGGAAGCUAUAGGAAGAGAUAAACACCAGAUAGAACCAGCUGGAACAAAGGUGGCAACGAAUCUGACCUCCAACAGACCCUCAGUCUCAUUCUGCUGAGUUGACUACAUUGGCUACUAGAUGACACACCUACUGGUGGCCCUAACUGGAAGAUACGGACCAAGAAAGGAUAAAAAGGGUGUGGCUCCCCUUUGCAGGGAAGUGCUGCCCCUUCCCUAGACUAAUGCAUGUGCCUCCCCAUCAUUAGCCUCACUCCUCCUGCCUUUGUCUUUACUAUUUAAAAUCAAAUCCCUCUCACCACAUGGGCAAGAUGAUCUGUGAACUAAGUUCCCAAUUCUCCAUUCUUUGGCCAUAGAAUAAAACUUGAGCUGCGUCAAUCUCA